GUAUGGUGUGCAGGUCGACAAGGCGGAAAUACCAGGUUGUGCCGCUUACGGCGUAGAUGUAGGCGUAUUUGUGCAUUGAACCCAAUAAUCCUUGUGUGGUUGGAUUUUCCCUCUAUUUAAACACAUCACAGAAUUAUACUUCUUGGAAGAAGUAAAACAUCUAUGGAGUAUGAAGCUAUGCACCGAAAAUGCGGCGCCGUUUUCUCUUACGGACCGGUAGGCCUAUCUACGGUAUACUAUAUAUCCAACCAACCGUUCAGGUUUCGAUAAUUUGACAUCUUCAUAAGCGACAAGAUGAAAUCCAAUCAGUACUAUUUUAACUUGGAUAUCACAGUGACGAUGACUGAUCUUACCCUGGUGGUGGUAUGGCUCGCUACACCCAUUUCUAUGAUUCUGUGCGAGUCAUGCUGUGAAAACACCAUUCUGUUUGGAUACAAAAAUGGCCGCUGUCAGGCAGUGUAUUGUAACAAUGACACUGAUAGUAUCCAGUGUUCAAACUUUACCGACCCACCACCGUCGUUUCCAGAUAUUCUUCACAAAGUCACUUUACUUAAGGAUACCUGUGGACGAACCACUACAGCUCUGCCUACCACAACAGACCCACCCACAACGCAGCCUACCAUAACAGCACCGCCUACUACAACAGACCCACCCACAACACAGCCUACCAUAACAGCACUACCCACUACAACAGAUCCACCCACAACCAUCUCACCAACAACAGCUCCGCCCACAACACAACCGAGAACGACAAUGUUGCCUUCUGCGACUGCUACAUCUACAACGUUUCAGUCCACCGUGACGUUCCAGCCAACGACUUCAGUAAGCCCAACUACAACCUUACAAAAACAACCCACUACAACUUCAAAUAGCAUCUCAACUGCAGCUUCCACUAUAAAAGAUCUCCAAACCACAGCAGGUGGACCAACAACCCAUUUCACUACAACUCCUAGGCUACCACCGAAAGAACCAGCCGCAACAACUGAACCUACUACAACAAAGAAUUUGAAAACACCUGAACCUGUCACGACCAAAAGUCCAACCCCAAAAGAUCAGGAAACUACAACGGUUUCUUGUCCGACAGAAUCUGGAGCCACGACCAGACGCCAAUCAACAGGGACAAUUCCAACCACUGCAACAAAUCGUGCAAUAAGCACUGAGUCAUCAGUUCGUUCAACAGCUGCAACGUCUGUAAUCUCUACAUCAGACUCGAUUACCACAGGUGUCGGCCACGCAACGAUUCCCCUUGCAGCUGGGCUUGCCGUGUGUGCACUUGGUUGUGUAGUUGCAAUUUCCACAGCCCUCUACAGCAUGAUAAAGUCGAAUGCUUCACGCGGAAGUGUUAACAUCCAACAGAAUUGGUCGCGAUGGGACUUCCCUGCUCGUUGGAAUGGCAAUACCACGAAUUCUAGAACGUGGAAUGAUGACAAUCUGUUCACGAGAAACGGAAAUGCCACUCGAUCAAACAUGUUAUGGAGACAAAACAAUUUCCCAUACUGAAGUAAAUUCAACGCUGCAUUUAUAAAUGCCAUCAGACCGUUGAUUGGACAACACGUUUUAUGAAUUAUUUAAUUACAUGUUGAGCUAACAACUAGAUUUAAACACUGGCGUAAAAUUGCGGUCAAAUAACUUCAGAUAUUGAGAUCUGUCCCUUCUUGGAGUGGGUUAGUUUUGCUUUUAAGAAUAUUUGACAAUCGUUCGUGCUUGUAAAAUAUCUUACUGUGACUGUACUUCGAGCGUUGAGGUGACAUGUAAAAACAGUGGAUGCUUCCAUCGCUAAGAAGGUUUUCUGAACACUCCUUGAUAGAUAGAUACUGGACAAAUUCGGAAUAAAUAGUUUGCAAAAGAAAAAUAGUUUGAAUUGGUCAAAACAGAAUAAGAUAUUUGUCUUUGGCCAACUUCCCUUUCAAUAUUUAUAGAAAACUUACUUUCCUUUUACAGAAAAUACCUUGAACUGUAAGUGCCAAAAUAUUUUUCUGUUGACAGUCUGAAAUGUAUGCUGAUCAUAAUUAUAUUUAUGGUAGAGAUGUUUUAUUAUGUAUUCCCAUAUAUACUUAAUAUCUAGCUAUAUUAAACUAUUAUUUACGUUAUACUCAGUAUAAAAUGCGUAUACGCAUCACGGAGGGCUGAAUAAGCAUGGUUCUGCAUGAAAUCAAAGACUUUAAAGAUGCGUACAAAUGUGGUGUACAUUUUGUGUCUUGCCUUAAAAUAACCAUGAGGGAUAUUUCCCAGCAGAAUUCUCUUCUUUUCGGUUUCCACGCUUAAAAGGGGACUUUGAAGUCACACGACAGCUUAUCGGUACUCAACGAAUUUACCUUUCAAAUAUAAACAUGUUUUAUUUUUAAGAUGGCUGUAAAAACACUUCGGAUCAAGAAUUAGGAAAACAUUUUGCUGAUUUUCGUAGGCCUACAAGUUUGGCCGUAUUGAUUAAAAAUCGGCCUGUGUAGUAGUGACGUCGUUUUGUUUACUGGCAGGUUGCUUUUCUGGCUUGGAUCUAGUAUCUGUCGCCCUCACUUGGCACUCUUAGGAAAACACAUGUAAACAAACUAUGAAGUCAUCAGUUUGUGCGUGAGCCUAUUGAAAUAAAUUGCAUUCAGUUG